UGGGCUGGGCUGGGCUCUCGGGCCGGGUGAGUCAGCCCACGGCACACGCUCUCUUCCUGUGGGGAGUGACUCAGGUGGAGCAGCCGAUAAAAACCACGCGGAAAAAAGGCAGCCGGCGCGAGCCCUGCAUCCCUGCUGCAGCGGGCGCCCCGUGCUCCCCAGCACAAGGAAUGGCUGGGUCCUGGCUCCUGCCCCUCUGCUGCCUCGUGGCGGCUGUCCUGCCCGCAGCCCUGGGCACCAGCAAGGAAGUGUGUGACUGCAACGGGAUGUCCAGGCAGUGCAUCUUCGACUGGGACCUCCUGAGGCAGACAGGCAAUGGGUACCGCUGCCUUGGCUGCCUGGGCAACACGGAGGGUGCCCGCUGUGAGCGCUGCAAGGAGGGCUUCUUCCGCCAGCGGGAGGAGGACUGCUGCCUGCCCUGCCGCUGCCACCCACACGGUGCCCUCAGCCCACAGUGCAACAGUGAUGGCGAGUGCAGCUGCAAACCCGGAGUGAUGGGCAAGAAAUGUGACCAGUGCCAACCAGGUUUUGAGUCCCUCUCUGAGGCUGGGUGCCAGAGGAGUGGGCAGAGCCUGCAGUGUGCGUGUGACCCAGCUGGCAGCACAGGGGACUGCCUCUCCGGCCGCUGUGUCUGCAAGGCGAGCACUACCGGAGCACGGUGCGAGAGGUGCAAAAGAAACUUCUAUAACUUGGAUGGCAGAAACCCUGCAGGAUGCUCCCCCUGCUUUUGUUAUGGACACUCAGCUGUGUGUAUCAGUGCAGACAACCACAGCGUCUACAACAUCACCUCCACCUUCCAGCAAGGUGCAGAAGACUGGCGAGGUAUUCAUGAAGGCGGCUCCCCAGCCCAACUUCAGUGGUCCCCAAGCCAUCAGGAUGCCUUCAUAGCAGCAAGGAGAUCAGAACCUACAUACUUCGUGGCCCCCCCAAAAUUCCUCGGGAACCAGCAGCUGAGCUAUGGGCAGAUGCUGUCCUUUGAUUACCGCCUGGACCGAGGGGGACGCCAGCCAUCUCCUUACGAUGUGGUCCUGGAAGGAGAUGGCCUGAGAAUCACGGCCCCCUUCUUGCCCCAGGAGAAGGUUCUGCCCUGUGGUGUCAGCCAAACAUACACGUUCAGGUUGGAUGAACACCCAAGCAGCAAGUGGAGCCCAAGGCUGAAUCACUUUGAAUAUCGCAGGCUGCUGGGAAACCUGACAGCGCUCUGGAUCCGAGCCACCUUUGGGGAGUACAGCACCGGCUACCUGGACAACGUCACCCUGGUGUCGGCACAACCCACUGCCGGAGUGCGCGCUCCCUGGGUGGAGCGCUGCGAGUGCCCGGCAGGAUACCAGGGACAGUUCUGCGAGAGGUGUGCCCCUGGCUACCACAGAGAUGCCCCCAGCCAGGGGCCCUUCAGCACCUGCGUGCCAUGCAGUUGCCACGGGGGAGGAAUCUGUGAUCCUGACACCGGUGAAUGCUACUCAGGAGAUGAAAAUGUGGCCAACAGUGUCAGCUGUCCCUUUGGCUUCUACCGAGACCCGCGGCAGCUGCACAGCUGCAGGGCAUGCCCCUGUGGCAAUGGCCAAGGCUGCUCGCUGGUGCCAGGCGGUGAGGAGGUCAUCUGUGACAGCUGCCCUCCUGGAGCUGCUGGGGCCAGCUGUGAGUACUGUGCUGAUGGCUAUUUUGGAGACCCAGCAGCUUCCCGGCCCUGCCAGCCAUGCCAGUGCAAUGGCAACGUGGAGCCUAACGCCGUGGGGAACUGCGAUCGCCAGACGGGCGAGUGUCUCAAGUGCAUCUACAACACUGCUGGUUUCUACUGUGACCGCUGCAAAGACGGCUUCUUUGGGAACCCCCUGGCCCCUGAUCCUGCUGACAAGUGCAGAGCCUGCACCUGUGACUUGGCUGGUGCUGAGCCUCUGAAGUGCAGGAGUGAUGGGAGCUGCAUCUGCAAGCCCGGCUUUGAGGGUCCCAACUGUGAAGAGAGUGAGUGCCCGGCUUGCUAUGGCCAGGUGAAAGCCCAGAUGGAUGUGUACCUGCAGCAGCUGGUGGAGCUGGAGCUGCUGUUCUCAGAGGUGCAAGCUGGUGGUGGGCCUGAGAGCCAGGAGCUGGACGGGAGGAUGCAAGUGGCAGAGGAGAUGCUGCGGAACAUUCUUGCGGAAGCCCUCAGCCUGCAAGCUUCUGACAGGUCUCUGGAAAGCCGUGUGGUCAGGAUAAAGGGGCAAGGGUCCACUUCCCAGAGCCGCUUGGAUGAGAUCAAGGCAACGGUGGAGAGGCUGAGGUCCCUUGGGGGUCAGUAUGAGAUGCAGGUGCAGGAUACUCGGCAGCUGCUGGAGAGAGCCAGGCUGGACCUGGACCACAGUGGAGCCACUCUGCGUCAGAUGACCCUUCCCACUUCAAACCUUCCCGGGGGCUCAAAUCAGUUCUUGAUGCUGGCCCAGGAGGCUCUGAGACUGGCCAACAGCCAUGCACAAGCCGCCAACACCAUUGAGCAAGCUGUGAAGGCAGCACGGGAGGACACGCGGCAGGCACUGGAGUUGGCACGCACGGCUGCUGGUGGAGAGACAGUCACAGCCAGCUCCCUGCAAGGGCUGCGAGGGAAGUAUGAGGACCUGAAGUCGCUGGCUGGAGGCCUGAAGACUGAGGCUGAUGGAAUGGCCUCUGAGGCAGACAAAGCUCAUCAGGGCAGCCUGGUGCUCCUCAGCUCCCUGUCCCGCCUGACAAAGACCGACAUUGGGUCCUUUGAGGGGGAGGCAACCCGGCUGAAGCAGGAUGCCAGUGCUCUCCUGAGCUUGGUGGACACCUACAUGGCACAGUACAGGCAGCUGCAGAGCCGCACAGGGCGCUGGGAGGAAGAAAUCAAGCAGCUGCUGCGACGGGGAGAGGGCAAGAGAGCGGCACUGACGCAGCUGCUCUCCCGAGCUAACCUCGCCAAGAGCACAGCCCUGCAAGCUGUGAGCGCUGGCAAUGCCACCUUCUAUGAGGUGGAACAGAUCCUGAAGAGCCUCCGGGAGUUUAACCUGCAAGCAUCUGACAAAAGAAGGGAAGCUGAAGAUGCCAUGAGGAGGCUACCGAUUAUCAGCAGCAUGGUCACAAGUGCCAGGGAGAAGACAGACCGAGCUGAAUCAAUCCUGGGCAGUGCUGCUUCUGAAUCCAAGGUGGCCAGAAGCACAGCAGGGGAAGCAAAGGAGAUCACCAAGGGGAUCCAGCAGGAGAUUACACGGCUGAAGGUGGAAGCCAACAAGACAGCUGAUGGUGUCCUUGCCCUGGAGAAGGCAGUGGCCACUCUAAGACGCGAGGCCAAGGAAGUGGAUGGCGAAUUUGAGAGGAAGAGCUUGGAGGUUGAGGCGGAUGCUGCUGUGAUACAGGAGACAGCUCAGGAAGCUCAGAGGGUCCAUGCCAAAGCUGGACGGGCAGGGGUGGUCGUGCAGGAGACAUUGAGUGCCCUGGAAGAGCUGCUGCAUCUAAUGAACCAGCCUGGUGCUGUGGAUGAGGAUGGCUUGAAGCAGCUUGAGAUGAAUUUCAGCAAAGCCAAAACCAGCAGCAGUCAGCUGAAGGAUGAAAUGUUGGAGCUGGAGCAAACAGCCACACUGCAGAAGACCCGGGUGCGGACACUGGAAAGCAACAUUGAUGAGAUCCUGGCGGAUAUUAAGAACCUGGAGGAUAUCCAGAGAAAUCUUCCUUCAGGCUGCUACAAUACAAAAGCCAUUGAAUUGCCAUGAGCGAGCUCUGGAAAGGCUGCAGCGCCUGCCAGGCUGAAGGCAGGGAAUCCUGGCCCAGCUGCCUUCCCCAGGCCUGGCAGGACAGACUGUGUUUGACUGUGUUGAACUGAUCCUUACCCUCAAGUUCAGUGUGGCAGCUGAAGUUCACGUUGACACCUGGCCCUGGAGAGUCCCUGGUUUUUCAAAGUGGUCCGUCCUUCAGUCAUGGGAGGAAGGAGACGCCUGGAUGAGUGAAGGUGCUACUGUCUGAAGAGCAGCCCACUCCUACAAUGUUUCU